AGGGGGGCAGGACCUGGCCCGGGGUCUAGGGCCUGGGGUGGUAUGGGCUGGACCCCGGGAAGGGAGGAGCCGUGGAGGGGAGACCGGCCGACCCUGGUGAGCCCUCCCCGCUAUCCCCUCACCGUCUAGACCAGUGGGGGGCAGACCAGGAAGAUGGGUCUCCCCAGAAGCAAGCCAGCGUCCAUUUGGCUCUGAGCCUCCCCUGGGGCUCCAGCCAUCGUCGCGGGGAGGGUCUGCCAGGCCUGGUCUCCAACCUUGGGUGGGGCCUGAGGGCAAUUCAAGGGUCUCAGCAUUUUCUCAGUGGACAGGGAAACAGCCCGUGGGCAGAAGUGGGAUUUCCUGAAACUCCGAGAGGAACAGAAAGUUCUAGCAGGACCGAUAGCGAGGCUUGGCCCGGGGGCAGAGGCUGGAGGCGGGGACCUAAGGCGGCUGCGGGGUCUAGAGGGGGUGGCAGAUGCCCCACGGACAACGUGCUGGCACCAAUGACGGGACGUCCUCCUCCCUUAGCAAGGCCCAGGAUGCCACCCCCGGCCGCAAAGGAGGCCGGGAGCAGGGACCUGCGGGAGAGAGCCGGGAAGGGCGCGCAGAGCGCAGAGUCCCGCGAGAAGCGCGCCAAGGGGGCAGCCGCAAAGGGGCCCCCCAAGCCAGGCUGGGCUCUGUCACUGGAGGGGCUGGAGGCCAUGAGCCCCAAGCAGUGCCACCGCCACCUGCUCUUCGGGGACUUGCUUGAAGACGUGGGUGCGGCCGCCUCCAUCUUCCCCCGCGAGUCAGCGGAGUUGGGGUACCGGAUGCCCGACCCGCGGGCGUGGGCGCAGUCACUGGAGCCGUCGACAGCGCGCCAGGACCGGCUGCUCGGCGUCCUCAAGGCGGCCGAGGCCCGCGGUCGGGUCCGCGCCUUGCGGUUGCGCUACACCUACAUGCGGGCGGAGGAGAUCUCGCUUCUCAUCCAGCGACAGAAGUCCGCGCGCGCCGCCAUCCGGCUGGAACUGUUCCUGCCGCCGCAGCUGAAGCCCACGCGGAUCCCGGACCCCCUGGACCGCCAAGAGCGGAGGCGCGUGGAGACCAUUCUGGAGGAGAAAGUGGACGGCAGGAACUUCCUGCGCUGACGGCCAGGCGCACUGGCGACCACACCCCACCUCCCCCAUAAAGUUCUGGUUCUCCAAGGCCUGCUGGUCUUUAUGCUCCCCCUCCAGGCCCCUGGGAGGAAAGGGGGUCACCGAGUGGGGCAUCUCCAACAAAGCAGGAAGAUGCAAGGGAGGGGUGUCAGGUCCACAGGGGCCAGGGACACCCUUAACCUCCCAAACCCAGAGCUGUCAACCUGCAGGAGAGGAGAGGGGAGAGCCUGGCUCAGCAGCAGUCACAGCUCCAUGGGAGAGUACGGGCAGCCCAUGCCCGCAGGCUGCAGGCCACCCCACAGGGGUUCAGAGAGGAGUGAUGUUCUGGGCACACGCCUUGGAGAGCAGCAGGCUGGGCGGUCCUCAGAGG